GGACUUUUCUUUAAUAGGACUUAACAUUUGCCCCCCGGGUUGGAUCGGUGCUGUAGAUGUAGAAUCGUGCUACCUGAUGAGCGCAGAUUCCACUGUUUCACAAUCAGACGCAGUUCAACUCUGUAAUCAACAAGGCGGCCAACUACUACAGUUGAAUUUCUUAACAGAUAAAGAAUUGGCUGUGAGAAUUUUAGGACAUUAUAGGCUGAUUAAUACAUCGGUGUGGUUUGAAGAGACCGCUGGCCCAGUUUCCUGUUCGUUCUUAUAUCUCGACGAAAAUAUGGUUCUGUCAAGUUCAAGCAACUGUAAGCAGACAGCAAGAGUCGUCUGUCAAACAAAAAGAAAAAAUACCAAAUAUUCAUCGGAUGAGGUUCAAAUUGUAUUUCAAAAACCAGAGAUCUUAAUAUCCAAUCAAUCUGUACAAUACGUCGGAGGUGAAGUCACAUGCACUUUUCCAAGUCCUCACCUCGAGUUUGACAACUAUACUAUGUACAAGGGAGGCUACGUAGUCCGACAGCUAAAUGAAUCUGAAUCAAUCUACUCCUUGUCUAUCAUGAGCUGGAAUUUUGAAGACAACAGUGAUAUAAUGUUUCUAGCAUCAGCAGCUAGUGACAUAGAUAUAUUCCGAUGUGAACUUCAGAGAAAAGGAUCAGCGGAUGUGAUAUCGAAGGACGUUUACGCAAUUCCCGAUGAUGACCGGGUGUCUGUUUUUCACGCGAGUGUUCGAUUAUUUGUUCCUGUGGAUACAUCAUCCGCUCUGCAGACUUCUUACAAUUUGGGCGGAAGCUUAAUGGAUGCUCUACGAGCAGACAUUGAAAACCGGUUUUACUUCAUAUGGGCUACUUUAUUUCCCUCACGUAACAGUGCUUUAAGACUACUACGAAUCAAAAAUGUGUCAUUGAAGAAUGGAGAAACUGUAAAUUUUCUGAUAUCAUUUGUGACUCCAUUGAGUGGUUGGAAAACGACAAGAAGGAUGAAAGAACUUUUAAAAAAUAUCACCAGAGAAGCAUCGACUCAAAUUUCAGAAAGUAGACGGAAGCGCCAGCAGAAAUAUAUUGAUUUUGGGACUUUGGAAAUUCAAAGCGAAGAGUUUUGUACCCUUGGAUACAGCCCUGACUUCCAAUCCAUAUUUGCUUUUGAAGCAGCUACGAAUGGAUCGACAACUUAUUCAGAAAAGCUUUGCAUCACUGACUCUAAGCCCCUGUUGACAGGGCUCUGCUACACUAGGACUGCUGCUCCGGCUGAGAUUUGGCAAAUAACCGUGAAUCCGAACUGUAGAUUUCUGUUUGAUCCGGCGUUCUCCGAUAUGACAUCUUUAAAAAAUUUAUCAGAGAUUUCAGCAAACAUGAGUAACUUAGAAAACAUAGCUUCUGACGUAUCCAAUCUUACGGCCAAUUCCUCGGCACUUACUGUCCAAGAUGUCGUCUACACGUCAAUCAUACUACAAAAUGUAGCCAGCAUCCCAAUAAUAUCUCAGAAGACCUUGAAUAAUGUAUUAAACACGUUUACGAAUAUAUUAGAAGCUCCUGAGGAUAUAUUAACGACGGCCCACGACAUAGGCAGCAGCACAACAAGAAUAAUAGAAAGCGUUGAAAUGAUAACGAGAAACGUCACAUUCAAUGGAACGCUUUAUCAGAACUUCCAGAAAGGUUAUGCUGUUUCUGUUGCCGAUAUGUCAUCUGAUGAUCCCAGCGUCAUAGGGAUUCAGAUACAAAAUACAGACGAAAACGGUGUGCUGUCCAAUGAGACUGUCGAUCUGAUAACCAAAGAAACAGAUAUAAAGACCAAUGUAACAAACACAGGGAUUGUCCUUCCUGGAACCUCCAUUCAAGGGAACACAACCAGGGUCGUCUUAUCAAUCUACGAAAAUACAAACUUGUUCCGAGUGAAGGCCGACAACAGACGAUACCAGCUGAAUGGAAAAAUAGCGUCAGCAACUCUUAUUACAGACGAACAAGUUGUCAGAGAUCUUGGGGGACGAUUUGUCACGUCUGUGUAUAAGCCUGACAAUGAUACAGCUGACUCGGUGUGUGGGUUUUGGAAUCACUCUUUAUACGAUACUUCCGGUGGAUGGUCGACAAAAGGCUGUCAGAAAAAAGAAGUGAAAGAUGGACGAGUCGUUUGUCAGUGUGACCACCUCACCAAUUUUGCCAUUCUUCUGGACGUCAAAGGUCAAACCGAUGUGCUUGAUGAUAAUAACAGAUUGGCGCUCUCUGUUAUCACCAUCAUUGGACUCAGUCUAUCAAUCUUAGGACUUGGACUAACUGUCUUAUCCUUUAUUCUUUUCAAGCCACUUCGAAAGGGAAGAGGACAACAGACCUUAUUUAACCUCGCUUUGGCAUUACUGUGUGCAAUGAUUAUAUUUUUGGCGGGAAUGGAUCGUACAGAGAGUUACUAUGGUUGCAUUACAGUGGCGGCGCUGAUGCAUUACUUUCUGUUGGUGUCCUUCAUGUGGAUGUUGGUAGAGGGAUUCCUUCAGUAUCUAAGAUUUGUACGUGUGUUAGGUACUUACAUACCCAGAUUUAUACUGAAAGCCGCCAUUCCAGCAUGGGGUUUACCUUUGCUUCCAGUUAUCAUUGUACUAGCAGUUGAUUAUGAUUUAUAUAAGGGAGGCAACUACUACUGUUGGAUGUCGAGGUCCCCAUUCUAUUACGCCUUCCUGAUUCCAGUGGUUCUAAUAAUUCUGCUGAACUGUAUCAUUUUUGCUCUGGUAUUGAAAAACCUGCUCAGUCGUCCAAAGGGCCUGCAGUCAAAUCAGUCUGAAUCAAAAAUGGCCAUGAUGAAUUUGAGAGCAGCUGUAUCGAUAUUUAUACUAUUAGGGCUGACCUGGAUUUUUGGUAUUUUAGCAAUAGAGGAUGCCAGGGUUGUGUUCGCUUACCUAUUUACAAUCUUAACAACUUUUCAGGGAUUUUUCAUCUUUAUUCUAUUUGUUGCAAGGGAGAAACAAUUCAGAAAUCAUUGGAAAAAAUUAUGUUGUCAAUAUUGUGUUGAAGACAAACAAAAGAAAUAUAAACAAACAACUUCCAGUGAUGGGACAAGUCAUGGCCAGGCACCAUUAAAGAUCCGGAAUGCUAAUUACAACAGCCAUACGGAAUCCACGGAUUUUUCCCUUACAUGAAAAUAACACCUUAUUCAGAUUAUUGUAACUUGAUAAUCAUUUGUUUCCUAUUUGAUAAUUUAGUUGAUUAAUUGAAUGAUUAUUUUCAUUUUCAA